AUGGAAGCUGAAGAAGAGGGUCAGAAUCAACUGGAGUUGCUAUGCAGACUUAUACCUUUGAGACAAACAUAUACAUUAUGGUUUCUCCUUGCCUCUCAUGUAUUUUUCGCUAUCACAGCAAUCUUAGGCAAUAGUCUUAUCAUAGCUGCAGUUUACCGGGCGUCGUCUCUUCAUCCGCCUUCCAAGACGCUGUUUCGCUCUCUGGCACUCACCGACCUUUUUGUUGGCCUUCUCGCGGAUUCCAUCUUUAUCGUGUUUUUAAUAACGCUGGAUUCUAAAGGCUCGGAAAUUUGUGUCAGCUUCUAUAAGAUUUCAUAUUCGACAAGCCAGAUUCUGUCUUCAGUGUCUUUGUCAAUUUUGACUGCUAUAAGUGUGGACAGGUUAUAUGCCUUAAUACUUGGUUUGCGCUACAGACAAAUUGUCACUUUAAAGCGCGUUAGACUGUUCUUGGUUUUUAGUUGGACUCAGGGGAUUGCUUUUGGUUUAGCGGUACUCAUCAACCCUCUGAUUGCUCCAUACUAUAGCUUGGUUGGAAUUGCGGUAUGCUUGUUAACAUCUGUUUGUUGUUAUACAAAAAUAUACAAAAGGCUUCGACAUCAGCAAGCUCAAAUACAAGUACUGCAAUUGAAUAUUCUCCAAGGACCGUCAAUAAACCCGGAAGAGCGACUAAAUAUGGCGAGGUACAGAAAGACAGUAUCGACUUGUCUGUGGAUAUUGCUAACACUUGUUGUGUGUUAUCUUCCCUUCAUGGUGGUUUCUGCGUUAAUUGUUUUUAAAACAAUGACUUCGUCCCUUGCUUUUGCUUGCACAUUUUCUGCCACCCUGGUGAAUUUAAAUUCAACCUUGAACCCGUUCCUGUAUUGCUGGAAGAUAAGAGAUGUGAGACGAGCCGUCAUAGACACCGUUAGAGAGGUUUUCAGCCGUUCUUCAAAUUAG